UUGCUGUUGUACUUUUCUUUUUUUUUUUUGUUCCGGGAAGAAAUAUUUAUUUGGUGUUUCACGGGAAUUUAUUUCAAGAGGAAGUGAAAUGUUAUUUCCAGUUCAACAGUUCAAAUAAUGAUUUAGCUUAUUGGUUCCGUUUAAAUAAUGUACAUACAGUAGCAAACGCUUCUUUUGUUGAAAAGUAUCCCAAAUAUUUCUCUGUUAUCGCUCAUCAUGCGUUACUGGGGCGAGAUCCCAGGACCUGCAGGGGCUCCUACCAGUCGCAGCUCCUUUGAUUUGCUCCAGCGUGAGUUCCGAUCAGUGGAGAUGCAGGAUCCUCCGUUGCAUCAGCCGUCGGCCCAGCGUCCGCGCCCCACUACAAUGCUGGACAUCCCGUCAGAGCCUUGCAGUCUCACCAUUCACACGGUACAGCUGUGCCAGCACGCCCGCCGCCUCCGUGGCCUUUUGGCGGCAGCUCAGGGUCAGAGCGCGACAUCUUCCGAGCUUGGUGGCAGGCUGGAAGAUGUUGAUACAAACCUGCCUCUGCGUCCUCCCACACCUCCUGCCAUGCCUGAUGACUUGCUACCACUUGACUGCAAAGAGCCUCGGCAACCCUUUCAGCUCCGCCACAGCGAUCCAGAAAGCGACUUUUAUAAGGGUAGAGGGGAGCCAGUCACGGAGCUGAGUUGGCCCUCCUGCAGACAGCUCCUUUAUCAGUCAGUGGCCACCAUCUUGGCCCAUGCAGGCUUCGAGACGGCCCAGGAGAGCGUGCUAGAAACUCUGACCGACCUGGUUCACGAGCACUACUUACGCCUGACCCGCCUCCUGAGGGUAGCUGUGGACAGGGAGGCCCGACUGGGGGCCAGUCCCUUUCCUGACGUCAUGGAGCAAGUGUUCCAUGAAGUGGGCAUCGGCAGUGUGCUUGCCUUGCAGCGCUUCUGGCAAGUGCGUAUCAAGGAUUAUCACAGCUACAUGUCACAGGUCAGUAAUGAUCUGUCAGAAGAAUACGAAAGGUUGGUGAAUCCUGAAAAGGCUCUGGAGGACUCAAAGCCCCCCAGGAUCAAGGAGGAGCCCAUGAGUGACAUUUCCUUCCCUGUUAGUGAGGAGCCAGAGGCCGACCUCGCCUCUGGGGACCAAGCCUUGCCCAUGGGGGUCCUCGGAGCUCAUGGUGAGAGGCUGCCCGCGGGCCUGGAUGCUGACCAUUCUCCUCACACUUCAAGUGGUGGUGUGGCCAACAACUCCCCCUUGUGGCCACAGGUAAAAAUGGAACCACACGAUGGCGACGAAGGCCAGGGUGCCACGCAUCAUCCUCAUCCUCAUCACCAUCACAACCUGGGCGGAGACGUGUUUGAGGAGGGGGGCCCCAUGUCGACAAUGAGCGAGUCUGGAGGCGCAAUGGCAUCCUCUCCUGCUGGCGCGGCAUCAGAUGGCAGCUAUGCCUCACAUUCUCCUGACUCCCUGAUGAGCACCUCACCGGUCUUUAACCAGAGACCCAAGAAGCGUGCGAAGAAGAUGUGAGGUCAUGUUGUAUGGGGGGCGAGAGACUGUACACUCCCCAAACAAAUUGGUAAAAGAAGAAAAAAUAUGCAUGGUUGUUUUUUUAAAAAUAUUUUGUGGACACUUCAUAAAGUACAUGCACAUAAUCUACCGAUGCAUCACGGGUUAUCUGGAGCCUAUCCCAGCUGAAUUUGGGGAGAGACAGGGUACACCCUGGACUGCAUACAAUACAAAACAUAAAAAUAAAUUCACAUUUUACACAGUAAAUGUCAGUAAGGUAUUACUUUAACAAUAUCAUUAUUGUGAUUAUAGUGUAGAAUUGGAGUUUCUUUUAUUUUGGUCACGUUAGCUACAAGAGGGGGAACAGCAGCAAUAAAGUUUCAGUGGUGUAUGUGUAUUGAAGUUGUUCCCAUUGUUAGACAUUUAUUAUAAAAUGAUUAAGACCAGA